GAAGAAGAAGAAGAAGAAGAAGACGAAGACGACGACGACGACAAGAGUGAAGAAGAAUGCUUUGUUAGAUAGGCGCGUGUAGCUAUAGCUGCUAAUCUAAUUGUUUUGACAUCCACUUUGUGAUAUCAUCUUUCAUUACUAUUAAGAAAUAACGGGUAUUUUUUUAUAUUCCCUUAACUAUCUACGCGUCUUUUGUCGUUUGUUUAUCAGGAGGAUACCUGUUAGGCACCUUGCUAACUUCUUCGCUACUGUUAACAUUAACGCUUGCUAGUUUUGUGCUAUCAUGUCUGGUGGAGGUAUCAUUCGGGGACCCGCAGGAAGUAACGACUGUCGAAUAUACGUGGGAAAUCUCCCUCCUGACAUCCGCUCAAAGGACGUGGAAGACUUGUUUUACAAGUAUGGAUCUAUUCGUGAUAUUGAUUUGAAAAACCGAAGAGGAGGGCCGCCGUUUGCCUUCGUGCAAUUCGAGGACCCAAGGGAUGCUGAGGAUGCUGUUUGAGGAGGAGGAGGAGGAGGAGGAGGAAUGGGACCCCCAAGGGGAAGGUAUGGUCCCCCAUCCCGGCGUUCAGAAUACAGGGUUGUUGUGUCAGGUCUUCCUUCCAGUGGAAGCUGGCAGGACCUGAAGGAUCACAUGCGAGAGGCAGGUGAUGUAUGUUAUGCUGAUGUGUACCGUGAUGGCACCGGGGUAGUGGAGUUUGUACGCAAAGAAGACAUGACCUACGCUGUCCGUAAAUUGGAUAACACCAAGUUUCGCUCUCAUGAGGGAGAGACGGCCUACAUUCGUGUGAAGAUGGAUGGUCCUCGUAGCCCCAGCUAUGGUCGUUCUCCCUCUCGUAGCCGCAGUCGAAGCCGGAGCAAGAGCGGGUCUCGCAGCUACUCCCCUCGUCGGAGCCGAGGGUCUCCACGUUACUCACCCCGACGUUCCCGAUCUCGCUCUCGCACCUAGAUUCACCUGACCUUAACUAAAGCAAUGUUGCAUCUCUCAGCCAUAGAGGAAGUCUUCAUAUCACUUAGAAAGUCACUCCAUGUGUUACCUGUUUGCCCUGUCAUGUUCCUUUUCAACCAUUUUUUAUAAAAAAAAAUUUUUUAUUUUAUAUACUUUUUUUUCCCUUUGUUUUGAUUUUUGCAGACCAGAUGAAAAGUCUGGUUUGUGUACAUGGACUUCAUUCUGUCUUGAUCUGUCAUUCUUUCCUAUUUCCUUUUUCUCCUCUCUGUACCUUUCUUCUACCGGUUGGCCUUGUUGUAUGCUUUAUGUUCGGUUUGGUUUGUAAAGCUUUACUCCUUCUAAGCAUAUACUACUGUUCUUUGACCUUCUUGUGUGUCUCUCUGUAGAGUUCAGAGGAGCAGGAUAGGAUGGGAACAGAGGAAACAGUUCAUAUUAAGAUAAACAGGAGGAGGAGGAAUCAAAUAUGGCACCAAUGGUAUGAUGGCUGUGCCUUGUCAACUGUGAAAUCUGCAUUAUAAGGCUAUUCAAUUUUUUUUAAGCACACUUGACAAUAUAGUGCCGCUGUUGAAUGUUUUCAGAAGUAAGUUGUGCAUCACUUUGUAUUUGGAGUCCCAAAGCUUGUGCUUCUUUGCUUUUUCUUCUCUCUUGGUAUCCAAAGUAAAUCCUAUUUUUUUUGGGAUUUGUCAUAGAAGGUGUCGCUUGUUUUAUUCAGAGUAAACUCCCUCAGAUGCAUUUUUAUUGACAUUUUCAAAACAUUUGUGAAGGUGUGAUUCUAACUUGCCUCCUUCUCUUUGGUUCUGCUGGUAUCUGAAGGUUUGGACUGGGCUCAUUGUCUCCCCAAUCCGGAGCCGGAUCAGGAAUCAGGAUCAGAUUAGGAUUAGGCUUCAGGAUGGAUACAUGGAGCAGGAGCAUGAGAGCAUUUUACCGGGAGAGGAUCCUGGCCCUGUCCAGAUAACCCCAUCAAACCGGAAACAUUGUAGUAAAAUAUUCAAACUAAAUUGGCAUUCAAAUAAUCUAAAUUACUUUUUCCAUUUUGUUUGAGACCACAGAGACACAAUUACUGACGGCACCGUGAU